GCAGUCACUGCGCCAGGAAUCAAACCCUCCAAAAUCCUCAAUCUAUCGCUGCAAAUCCAUUGACUGCAAGAAGAGCAGCAGACAAAACUGCCGUCUAGUUUUCCUCACAGUCACGCCUGCCGUUCUGCACAGUACAUCACGCUCGUGUGGACGCACAGCCUCGCGGUUCGUCUGCACACCAGAUGACCUUUUGUUUUUAAUUCCGAUGAUUAAUUCGUGUUAGUGCGUCGGUAGCGCACAUUGAGGUCAGUAAGUCACAUAUGAUGCACAUACGAACGAACUGAAACAUUGACGCGAUUAUUUCUCACUGCGAUCAUUUAAAGCUGCAGAGAUGUCAGUCGUGUCGUUCCAGUGCCUGAUGUUUGGUUCAGUUCUUCUGGUUCUGACAUGUGCCGAGGUUCUGAGUGCCGGUCCAGCGCUCUUACCCAACCCUCUCCGCUCCCACGGGCCAGUUCUCGAUGUUCCCGUAGGCUUUGAGGAACACGAUGAGGUCUCAAGGGAUCGCAGGCCCGGAUUAAUGGACAGUUCUCAGGAGAGCUCUGGGUUCUUCAGUGAAGACAGCGAGGACGGCAAGCAUGCUCAUAUCGAGACCAAAGACAGCGGUGUUGACCUAAGUGCCAUGAAUGAGCGCUGUCUGAUGCCCAAGAAGGUGGGACCUUGUCGUGGGGCGCUCCCUCGCUGGCACUUUAACCCCGUCACUAAGAAGUGUGAAAACUUCGUAUUUGGGGGCUGCAAAGAGAAUCGCAAUAACUUCCUGACACUGGAGGAGUGCACCAAAGCUUGCCACACAGUCUCUGAUUACAGCCCCUCAUCCCCAGAACCGCCAUCUUUGCCACUUUCACUGAGCCAAAAGCCCAUCGAGACGAACGUCUCUUCCUCAGUGUUUGUCCCUACAACUGAGUCCGUGGACCCGGAGCAGUGGGAGAGUGAUUCAGAAUCGAGUGGCUUCCCCCUCCAUCCCUCCUCCGGGCCGUCAAUCGCAGGUGCCGAAGACCACACCUACUCUACGGCCACACCUCCCGCCCUCGUACUUGUCCGUCAGAGCCAGCCAAAGGCCACAGCUGAGCCUGACAGGCGCUUGACAUCCGACAGCCUGUUUGAUGACGAGAGAGGCCGUGCAGUAACACAAGCGCCUACGGCUCCUGAAAUCGGGCCCCUGCCUAGCCGGGAGCCCCUGCAACCUGACGAACCACACCGAGAUGUUUCUGAAGAAGAAGAGGAUGAGGAAGAGAUGGUGGUUUUCCCCACUGAACCGGAUGAGGAGGAAGAGGACGAUUGGCGGUACCUCACCCCGCUCACGACUGGGCCGUCAUCCUCCCCCGCUUCAGAUCUGCCGCCUGUUGUCUUUACCGAAACCGCCUGGCAGGGGGCGCCACUCACCACAACGGAGGAUGAGGAAGGGGCGGAGCUUCGUCAUGGCGGAACCGAAUAUCUCGCCGAAACGGAGCUUCACGACUCAGAACUUUCUCAGGAGGCCGAGCAGGUGAUUUGCGUUGACUGGAGCAACCUUGCAGGAAAGGGCUACGUUAUACUCAACAUGACAGACAACUUUGACUGUGAUGAGUUUCGUAUGGAGAGUGGCGACAGACUCCUGGAGAUGCUGGAAAACACUUUCUCCCGAAAGAUGAACAUCCCACAAGGCUCCUGGCUCAUUUUCCUCAGCAAACCCACACUGCAGGACCACCAGCUCCUGAUGGCCUUAGCCAGCGAACAGGAAAUCAUCCCUCCAAAAGACGUUCUGUCAAUGUUGGGGGAAAUCAGAAGAGGUCUAUAUGAGAUCGGAAUUCAGAAUUAUUCGACCGUAAACACGUGUCACUCGAGGCCCAGUCAAACCCGUAGCGACUACGGGAAGCUAUUUGUUGUUCUAGUGAUCAUCGGAUCGGUUUGUGUGCUUAUUAUUGCAUCUGGAAUCAUCUAUAUCUGCUGGCAGCGUCGUUUACCCAAACUCAAAAACAUGUCGAGAGGCGAAGAGCUGCACUUUGUGGAGAACGGUUGCCACGACAACCCCACACUGGACGUAACGAGCGACAGCCAAUCAGAGAUGCAGGAGAAGAAACACAGCGCCAAUGGGGUGACGGCGAGCGGCGACGGGGGAAGCGGUUGGCAGGUGCUCGUCAACAAGCCCGGGAAAGACGAGGAAGACAACCAGGAGGAAGACACGCACCUUUAAUUCCGCGAAAACAAUCCGAAAAAACAGCAUGGGAAAGCAGUAUCGCAUUACAGACUAUGAGGGCACAAAACAUUUUCAAGCUUUUUCGAAACAUCUGCUGUAUAAAAUGUGAUGUCUUUUGGCUUGUAUGACGUUUUUCUUUAUCUGCAUUGCUAAAUUCCGACGGACUAAAAAGUGCUUUAAAAUGCGACUUGUAUGAUAUGGGACAAUUUUCAGUGCAGAAUUGAAUGUGUCAAACAAUCAGUGAGGCAUUUUAUAAGUAUAAAUCGGUUUAAAAUCUCUUAGAAAUUAGUUUCUUGCACUGUUUAAGCAAUAGUUCACUCCAAAACGUGAAAUAUGUCGUUUAACUCAAACAGGUCGUUUCAAAUUUAUGUAGUGACUUUUUCCGAGGAACAAAAACGAGAAUUUUAAAGGAUCUUCACAACAGUUCGUGACCACUAAGUAAAAAUAUUAUAAAUUCCACUAUUUUUUAUUUAUUUUUUGGCAAGAUACCAAUGACCAAUAGUACAAACAGAAUUGUACGUAAAGAUUCUUCAAAUCAUGUUUUAUGGAAAAAUGUAACGACUUUAAAGUUGUUAAAUGACUAAAUGAAUUUUCAUUUUGGGUGAAUUGCAGAAAAAAAAAACACUAGUGUACUUGAAGACAGAGAAAGAGAUUGUACCAAGGUUUUUGUUGUUUUCUCUAAGAUGUUGACAGUGUAUCUCUAAUACACUAUAAUCAUUCAUUCACGAUUUAACUUAUUUCAAUGCAAGUAUUUACAGUUAAGCAGGCUGCAUAUUGUGUUUUUACAUGCUGAAUGCUGGAUGGACGCCUACCUGCCUUGCUCCUUUAUUGUGCAUCGGAAUGGCUGCUCCGUACUGGAUUAAUGUCGCUAUUUGUUAACGUUUUUAUUAUUUUUUUUAUAUUGCACCUUUAACGUUGCUCAGCACCAACGGCCUCCAAAGCAGAACAAGAUUCUAAUUACAAAAGAAUCUUUCUUAUUAAAACGUGUCGAGUGGAGCUAGGUAACUUUUUCUUGUUUUCAUGUUUUCAGUGUUCAUUGAAGUUGUUCAAUCUUUUAAACGCAAACCUAAACGGUGAUCACAAUCAAAAAACAAAAGUGUCAAAUUAGCUAUCAUAGUGAUGAUCUUGUUUAUGGUACAGUCUAUGUGUCAAAGAACAAUCUUAUUUGUCGCAAUAGAAAGGCUUUUUAAAAAAAAUUAUUUUAAGUGCAUGAAACAAUGUAGUAUAAGUCUAUGCACAUGUCAGGGGUCAACUUGAUUGUACACAAUUUAGCAAACGCGAACCGUUCAUGUUUAACAGAUUUAAAUGGUUAGUACUCCAGAACGCUCUAUAUAACGUACAUGCAUUUUUGUUUGUUUAUUAAGCCUUGACGUAGGAGAGUUUGAAGCCAGUGUAGAACGCUGUUGAACGCUUCUGUUUUGUACCUUUUUGUCCUGGUACGAGAGCUAUUAGCAAAUUUGCACUUUUUCCAUUUUGAUUUUGUACCUCAAACUGCUUUGUGUAUCUGAUUGUACGGAGGUUUAGAUCUCGUUGUUUUCUGGUAAUUUUAUGUUAUCCCACCUCUUGAAAAAAGCAAAAAAAAAUAAAUGUUUUGAGAAGU